CUUUCAGAGCCUAGCGACCUGACUCUCAAGAUCUACAGAGCAGAGUCCUAUGCUGGCCUCCAGGAAUUCAAAGCGGCCAUCGAGGAUCUAAACGCGGUUCUCUUUCAGCUUCCCAACUGGCCCGAGGUCUACUUCAGGAAGGGGAAGGUUCUGCAGGACGCGGGGUUCCUGGGUGAUGCUUUACAGCUCUUCCUCCAGUGCUUAGCCCUUGAUGAAGACUUCGCACCCGCAAAGCUACAAGUAGAAAAGAUUUUGUGUGACUUAUUGUCACCCGACAACUUAAAGGAAGGCCUGAAGGAGUCUUCCUGGAGUUCCCUACCGUGUAUUAAAAACAAACCUUUUGGUUUUCCUUCAGUAGUGGAAGAGCCUCACUCUCCUGGUGAGCUCAGCCUGAAGCAGACGGAAGAACAGCCAGAGGACGCCCCAGAGCCUGUCAAAGGGAGUUUAAAUCGUGCUCGGUCAGCGCAAGCCAUCAAUACCGCAGCAGUGCCUGCCAGAGAAGAUGGUUUAAAGCGCGUGUCCUCGGAACCUUUACUGUCCGCUCAGGGAAGAGGUGUUCUGCUGAAAAGGAAGUUGUCUCUCUUAGAGCAGGAUAUGCUUAUUAAUGAAGAUGGGAGGAACAAGCUUAAGAAGCAAGGUGAAUCUCCCAGUGAAGACUGUGUGUUUUCGUUAGCUUAUGGUGACAUCCCAGAAGAAUUAAUAGAUGUCUCAGAUUUUGAAUGUUCUCUCUGUAUGAGGUUGUUUUUUGAGCCAGUAACAACCCCUUGUGGACAUUCAUUCUGUAAAAAUUGUCUUGAGCGCUGUUUAGACCACACGCCAUAUUGUCCCCUCUGCAAAGAGAGCUUAAAAGAGUAUCUCGCGGACAGGAGGUACUGUGUCACACAGCUGUUGGAAGAGUUAAUAGUGAAGUAUCUUCCGGACGAGCUGUCUGAGAGGAAGAAAAUCUACGAUGAAGAAACGGCCGAGCUCUCACACUUGACCAAGAAUGUCCCAAUAUUUGUUUGCACUAUGGCCUAUCCCACUGUGCCUUGCCCUCUCCAUGUAUUUGAGCCCAGAUACAGGCUCAUGAUUCGAAGAAGCAUCCAGACUGGAACCAAGCAGUUCGGGAUGUGUGUCAGUGAUACACAAAACAGUUUUGCAGAUUACGGUUGUAUGUUACAAAUUCGAAAUGUGCAUUUCUUACCUGACGGAAGGUCUGUGGUUGACACGGUUGGAGGAAAGCGGUUCAGAGUCUUAAAGAGAGGAAUGAAAGAUGGCUACUGCACUGCAGACAUUGAGUAUCUGGAAGAUGUUAAGAUUGAGAAUGGAGAUGAAAUCCAGAGUCUGAGAGAGCUUCAUGACCUGGUAUACUCGCAAGCCUGUAGCUGGUUUCAGAAUUUAAGAGACAGAUUUCGAAGCCAAAUCCUUCAACACUUUGGAUCAAUGCCUGAGAGGGAGGAAAACCUCCAGGCGACCCCCAAUGGGCCUGCGUGGUGUUGGUGGCUGCUGGCAGUCCUUCCUGUAGACCCUCGGUAUCAGCUCUCCGUACUGUCAAUGAAGUCUCUGGAAGAGCGGCUGACAAAGAUACAGCAUAUCCUGACUUACUUUUCUAGAGACCAAUCUAAGUAACGAACUGCUUGGAUCUUCCUUAGCUUGCUCUUAGCCCCAAGGCUGAGAGUGGUUGGAUUUCAUUUUAAAGUCACCCUAAUCUGGCUCCGUCGAUGGCCAGAUUGUCCGCUGCCUUUGCACACCCAGUGCUGGUGUAGGAAUUAAGGAAACUCUUGUUCUUCAGCCUCCUGAAUCUCGUGGAUCUGCAAAUGAAUACCUUCCACUGGGUCCUAGACCACUAAGAACUUGCACAGAAAACACACACUGAAUGUGUGUUAAACCUCUACGUUGUGAUGAAGUUGCACUAUGUAUGCUAAUCUAAUUGAACUAAGUACUCCGUGUGUGGAUGAUGUGUGUGUGCGUGCGUGUGUGUGUGUGUGCCUGUGUGAAUGCAAGCGUGCGUGCAUAUGUGUGUUUGUAUGGGUAGUGUGUGUGCUUUUACUCUGGCUUUAAAUUUUAAAAGACAAAAAAAAAGCCAUAGAGAGUGAACUUGCUGAGGGUCCUCUAUUGCCCACGUUUACAACGGUAGUCAUAGGAGUUUUCGCAGAUCGAAUUUGCCUCAGAUUUCUUUGUCCCGAUGCUUCUAUUUGCACAAGUAUAUACACUAUGGUACAGAGUAUCAGUUUUUGUUGUUGGAAAUCCUGCUCUUGCUGAACUGUCCUGGCCAUUGACUAUGACACAGUUUCUUAUUUAUGUAAAUACUUGCAUCCCCAUGGCCGGCAGGCAGGGAUGUAGAAUCUAGAGCCAGUCUCCAGGAACAACUGCAGACCUGACAUGGUACUGUGCAUCCAUUCAUAAAACACUUAAAACUGUGAAAAUAUGGUUUACAUUACAAUGUACAUAAAGGUAGAUGGAGAACUCGGUUCACCCAGUUAGCUUGUACAUUCUAGGGGGCUUUUCACAUUAACUGCCCGUCUCUGUCAUUUAGAGUUUGACAUGAUAACUUGUAUUUAAGGAAUUAGGUAGUGUAUAAAUCCGUCGAGGAUCUGGGGGAGGAGGCGCUUAAUGUAGAACUAAGCUUGUAAGGUUUGUUUUGUUUUUACUCUGGUCUUGGUGCCAAUGUUAGUUAUGCCUUAUUCAUAUCACAGUUAGAGUACCGUGCUGUGACAUGGUUAUACCCAUGCUGCCCUACCCUUUGGUAAUUAUUUGUUGCAGAUUUGUGACUGUCUCUAUUAACUUUCUUUUAUGUAAGUAAUUUGUACAAGUUUCUUAAAAUUUUUGCUUUUGCUUAUUUAAUUUUGAAUAAAAGCUAAAUUCAUAAUA